AUGGCUCCGCCGGGCAUGAAUGACGGCGCAGCCCCGGAAGUUCAGGGGCCUGUUAUCUUCUCAUGCCCAGAAGACCCGGAGCGUGGCCUCCUGCGAGAACGUUUGUGCAAAAAUUCUCACACAGAGCUGUGGGAGGGUGCAGAGACGCAGGACGGGUACAGCGAGGCAUCCGCCGAGUGGACACCCUUGGGGAAAGGCUAUGCAGAGGCUAUGGAACAUGUUCGGUCUUUAGAAGCUGUGGAGCAUAUCCGCUCUUUGCAGAGCAACUGCAGCUUUUUCUCCGAAUCACUGGACACCACACCGAUUGAAAGCAUCCGAGCCACUUCAUUGGAGGGAGCUCUACGAGAUCCAGAUUGCACUUCACAAGUGGAUCCGGCACAACUGCGGCGCAGUUUAUUCCCAGCCGUGCUCGAACUCACGGAGCAAAUUCACACUCCAUGCUUGGAGGCUACGCUCAGCGGACGCGGCCCAGAAGAAAUCCGUUCCUUGUAUCGCAGCUUCUAUACAGAGCCGCUCGACCUUGAGAGCUGCGACCUGGAGGAGCCAGAAGGCUGCCCUGAAGUUGCGACUGCUGAGUGGCCACCGGCGAAGUCGCACAAGGCCUUGCGAACCAUCGCAGAGGAAUCGACAUCCACGCCGCCGGGCACGAAGAUGUGUCAUCAACAUUCAGAUGUUCAGACAGGCCGUGGAGACGACGACGAUUUGUCGUUAGAUCGAAGUCUCUCGGCUGUGGCCGUGUUGCGUCACGGAGAGCGGCAGGACUCGAUUUGGGGCUCACCUUGGCACAACACGGAAGAUUCGCAUCGCCACCCUGGGGAUUGUCCCAUCAGCGACCAAGCAAUUCUCGAAGCCCGGAAUGUGGCCCGAUUAUUAGGAGACUUCGGAGACUUCGGGAUCAUUGUCUCUUCGCCCUACCUGCGCUGCGUCCAGACAGCCAUUGCCAUCGCAGACGAGCUGGAUCUUGUGGUGCUUCUUGACCACGAGCUUGGCGAGGUCUUCGGUCCAUCUGUCUUCGGGGAGGCGAACCCACGCGAAAGGUUCACCGCUGGCCAUGCAUGGCGGUCCCGGAAAGAGCUGUACAGUACCAUCAAGGACUGGGCGCCACACCUUUUGCAAGGCUUCAAGAAGCCGCCAGUGCAGCGGGUGUGCUGGCAAAGGAUUCUUGGCCACGCGCCCUCAUGGGGCGAGAAAAUGAAAGAAGCCCGUCAUCGCUACGCUACCCGUUUCUUGACCUACCUCAGCAGAGGGAGGCGCGCUCGCAAGAACAUGAUCGUGGUGUCCCACGGCAUUAUGGUGCAGACGUGCCUCAAGGUGCUACCGAGCACGGCUGCAUGUGAUGUGGCCUCGAUCCCCUAUUGCGGCGGUCUUAUGGCAGGCUUUGAUCGAUCGAGACAGAUCUCAAAGCAGACAUCCACCGACAGUGAGCUCGAUGACAUGGGCCACUUGGCCUCAGCCGCUGUCACGCCGAAGACCCCGAGUCACGACUUAAUGGAGGACUUUUGGCCAGAGACUGACUUUGAGAGAAGAGUCUCGCCCACAUCUGAGCAUCUCGCACAAGCAGAGCUUCACGGAUGGGACGUCCAUCUACUUGGGGUUGAUUUGAGUCGGCAGAAGACACUCCAAGAACGCGGGCGAGCAUUACUAAGAGGUACCAAGAUCUGCUGA